GGCAUUGUGUCCUCUCUCCAAUUUCUCUCCUCCUCCACCUACCGGGCGACAAAAGAAUCUCGCAUCUGCCUCUCAUCCAGACAGUUGCUACUCAUUGCCAUUCACUUCUGCUCCAAUCCGUGCCGCUUGCCUUGCAUUGUCGCCGGAUCACUCUUCCAUGAUGACAAUUCAGGCUUCUCGUUUCACCCCAGAGGUGCUCCUCUCGGCGCCUCGUCGAACACCAGGCGUGCCCAACCCUUCGGGCUCCCACGUUCUCUACACGGUGUCGACGUAUUCGUUUGAGACGCACUCCAAGACUUCUCAGAUCCGAGUCAUGAAGAUUGCGGAUGGCAGCUCCUCUCUCCUCUCCGAAGAUUUGACCGCCAGCGAGCCUUUCUGGAUCAGCGAUGCCGAAAUUGCCUAUCUUAAGGCUAGCGACAAUGGCUGCACAACCCUCAUGUACCAGGACGUGCACGAUCCUUUCAAGAAGCACAUGAUUCACCACUUUGCCGGCACCAUUUCCAGCCCCAAGGCCAAGAUCCUGGAUGGCGACCGCGUCGCCUUCUGCGCUGCUUCCGUCACCACCCCCAAAGGUGACAUGUACUGGCCCGCCAAUGAGACCAAGUCCUACACCACAGCCAAGAUCUACACGUCUCUGUUUGUUAGACAGUGGGAUACCUGGCUGACGGAGAACCACAACUCUCUGUGGUACGGUCAGCUUGAGAAGAAGGACGGCAAGUGGACGCUGGAGAAGCCUCUGACUAACUUGCUUGCCGGCACCAAGCUUGCAUGCCCAGUUGGCCCCUUUGGUGGCGCCGGCGACUUCGAUAUCGGCGCUGCUGGUAUCGCCUUCAUUGCCAAGGACCCCGAACUCAACCACGCCAGAUACACCAAGACUGACGUUUACUACGUUCCCCUGGCUUCAUUCAAUGACAAGCCUGUUACUCCUAAGAUCGUUGACAGUGGUGAUCUGCUCGGCUACUCCAAUGCCCCUACCUUUGCGCAUGACGGCAAGCAGCUUGCUUUCCUUAAGAUGAAGAACAAGCAGUACGAGAGUGACAAGAACAGACUAGUCCUCGUACCCGACAUCAACGAUACCAGCAAAAUCGAGGAGUUUUACAAGACCGAGGAUGGAAAGGGUGGAUGGGAUCGCAAACCUGAUUCCAUCACUUGGAGCAACGAUGAUUCUGAGCUUUAUGUCGCCGCGGAAGAUGCCGGCAGCGUUGCUCUCUUCAAGCUCCCCUCGUCCCCAGCCAAAGCAACAGACCUGCCCACCAUUAUUUUCAAAGAUGGUGGUGUUUCUGACGCGCGCGCUCUUGCUGGCACCAAGUCACUAUUCCUUUCCACCUCUUCGCUAAUUGACAGCUCCCGUUACGUCAUCCUUGACCCCGAAAGCAAGCAAGUUACCGAGGUGUCGUCCAGCUCCAAGCACGGCAAGUCAUUUGGCCUUAACCGAAGCCAAUGCAGAGGCAUUUGGUACCCUGGAUCUAGAGGCUAUGACAACCAUGCGCCGGUCAUGGUGCCAUCCGACUUUGAUGAGACCAAGAAAUAUCCCCUGGCUUUCCUCGUUCACGGUGGUCCCCAGGGCGCUUGGACUGACGAUUGGAGCACUCGUUGGAACCCUGCUGUCUAUGCUGAACAAGGCUACGUCGUGGUCAUGCCUAACCCAACUGGUAGCACUGGCUAUGGCCAGGACCACUGUGAUGCCAUUAAGGAAAACUGGGGUGGAAGCCCUUACGAUGACCUUGUCAAGUGCUUCGAAUACAUUGAGAAGGAGCUUCCCUAUGUCGACACCAACCGAGCUGUCGCUCUCGGUGCCUCGUAUGGUGGUUAUAUGAUGAACUGGAUCCAAGGCCACGACCUUGGCCGCAAGUUCAAGGCUAUUGUCUGCCACGAUGGUGUCUUCUCCACCAUUACUCAGUGGACCACCGAAGAGCUCUUCUUCCCCGAGCAUGACUUUGGAGGCACUCUGUGGGAAAACCGCGAAGUCUACGAGAAGUGGGAUCCUUCGCGCCACUUGCACAACUGGGCAACACCUAUGCUUGUCCUCCACAACGAACUUGAUUACAGACUCACCGUUUCCGAAGGACUUGCUAUGUUCAACGUUCUUCAAGCCCGUGAGAUCCCCAGCAAGCUGGUUAUGUUCCCCGAUGAGAACCAUUGGGUGCUGAAGCCCGAGAACUCCCUGGUUUGGCAUCGUGAAGUACUUGGAUGGAUCAACCAAUACAGCGCUGCAUCCGAGUAAAGAUGGACUAAAAUAGUAAAAUACCGUAAAUACCAAAAAAAGAUAACAGCCUGGGCAAGCGCCUAGUGGUCAUGGUUUAACCUCACCUAUAGAGAUACUAUACCAUUUUGGGUUAUUUAUCAGGGGGUUGGAUUGCGUAUGAAACAUACCAUACAACUAGUACAUAUUCAUCUGAACCAAAAGAAAUACUUUAAUCACUGAC